GCUGCUCUCCGAGGGAAGGCGAGCGGCAGCAGCGCAGCCCGCGGCACCAGAAGCGGGGUAUAGAUACCACCGGCUGGGGAGGAGCGUGAGGCGAGGCGCGACUUGGAUGGAGUCUCAGUAUCUGAAGCAAUGCCUGGGAACUUGCUUGAAGAAAGGACUGGCAGAGGUUGUAGAGCAUCGGCCAGCAGAUCCAAUAGAGUAUCUUGCACACUGGAUUUACAAUUACAGAAGAAACUUAGAUGAAGAAAAAAAGAGAGUACUGGAGAGAGCUGAACUGGAACAAGAACGGGAGGCAGCCCUAGCAGAACUUGAAAGGUUAAAAAUCCAGGAAGAAGAGCAGCGGAAACUUGAAGAACAACAGGCUCAGUUGGAGAAAGAACGUGCAGAGUUGGAAGCACAGAAGAAGAAAGCUGAAAUGCAGUUGCAGCAGGAAAAUGAAAAGACAAUAGCUGAAAUUACACCUGAGGAGCCAGCUGAGACUGUACCGAGUCAAACAGACCUCCCAACAGUAACAGAAGAAGAGGAGGAGGAAGAAGAAGAGGAGGAAGAAGAAGAAGAAGAAAAUUAGAACUGACCUGAGAGUAG